GUCGUCCACCGGUCGAGCGGAACGCAGCGUCCCGUGUCCCACCCGCAACUCCUCCGCGUGAGAGUCGCUCGAUCCACCGAGACGACAACAACAACAAGAACAACAACAACAAGAAGAACAACAAGAACGCUUUGGGACUUUCCACGUGGAGAUCGACAUCUGCGUUGUGCAGCCGUCCGUGUCCGUCCGUCCGUCUAAAAAGUUUUCGCUUUUCAAAAGUUUCGUGCCGAGUGUGCCGAACUUUUCCCACCGAGACGACCACGACCACCGGACAUUAUUAACAAGACGUGAGAGAGUGGUGGACAAGAAGGGACGACUCAAGAGCGAGAGAGAGAUGGAGUCUAAGCGCAUGAUCGCCGUGUCUCUCGCCAAGCUGCAAGGCUUCAGGACGCAGCGUGGCGGCAUGCGGCUCCAUCGAGGACUCCUCGUGUCCUACGUUCUGCGCAACGCCAAGCAAGCAUACCUGGGGGAGAAGUACCGACAGCUGUGCGAAUACCAGCAGUAUCAGCAGCAGCAGCAGCUGCUGCAGCAAGAGGACAUGCGACAGCUGAAGCAACAGCAGCAGGAGCAGCAGCAGCAGCAGUGGACAUGUGGUGAUCGAUCUCCGAUGACGUCCAUCUGCUCUCAUCCUGCACUGCCCGCUGCUGAGACGACGUCUCUUGCCACCGUCGUCACAGAGAAAGCUGUAGAGGUCUCAACCAGUGACUCGGCCACUACCACCAUCACUACCACCACCACCACCACGUUGGCAACGGAGCUGCCUGACCCGUCCGCCAGGCUGUGCCGAAAGAGGUCCUCGUCUAAAGAGGGCGCCGAUGAUGAUGAAGGUUCUCCUCCAAAACGACCCCGCAUACAGCAGCAGCAGCAUCAUCAGCAUCAUCAUCAGCAGCAGGAGCAGCAGCAGCAGCAGGAGCAGCAGCAGGAGCAGAAGCCGUCACCGCCACGCGAAGUCUCAACAAACAAAAAAGGACCCCACAUAGUCCGCUACCACCCGCAGCCUCUAGGUCAACUCAGCCUGAACUGCAUGGCAGUGGCAGCGUGUUGAGAUGGUGGUGGUGGUGCUGGUGCUGGGCAACUUGCGAGCUGUGGGUAGAACGAACGUGUGAAGGUGGUGGAGGUGGUGGACGCUGCCUCGUUGUCGACCCUGAACUGAACUCGAGUGUCCGGUCGCGAGAGACGACUAGAGGCUUGGUGCUGUGAAGGUGGAGACCAUGGAGCGAUUACGACGAACGAAAGUUCCCGGUUUAUCCGGUGAUUCGGUCGUUUUGGGGGGCGCCGCGGUGGGUAGGAGAUGUUAACUACCUCGCCUGGUGUACAGGAGGUCGUGGGUUCGAUCCCGACCCUGACGCCUGCUGCUGUAUAUUUGGAGUUUGCGUCUCUCUCUCUCAUCAUCAUCAUCACGGUGGCUAGGAGAUGUGGACUACCUCGCCUGGUAUGCAGGAGGUCGUGGGUUCGAUCCCGACCCUGACGCCUGCUGCUGCUGUAUAUUUGGAGUUUGCGUGUCUCUCUCUCAUCAUCAUCAUCAUCACGGUGGCUAGGAGAUGUUAACUACCUCGCCCGGUAUGCAGGAGGUCGUGGGUUCGAUCCCGACCGAAACUGACGGCUGCUGCAGCUGCUGUAUAUUUGGAGUUUGCGGUAUCUGCCUCCUCUCUCCGUGGUCGCGUGGAUUUUCCUCUCCGGCUCCUCCGGUUUUUCUCCCCCUCCCCCCCUCUCUCCACGUCACGCGUUUUAAAGUAUUCGCCUUGCUGCUAUAAAUGUCCACGUGGCGAUGAUGAGUCUCUUCGAUGAGCCCAUCGUUUGUGACGAGCCAGGCGACUUCUUGCAGGAGCGCUGGUGACAGACAAAGUUCAGUUUAAGUUAAUGAUUCUGUUAAAGUUUCAGGGAAUUUAUUUGUUUGUUACAAUCGUCGGGAGGACACUCAGUGAUCCCAUGCCACGUGUUCCAUUCUCACGCCACGGCUAAUAGCAGUGGCGAGCGAUGAACCAACGUGGUGUGAGAAAGUACGGUCAGCCCAGGACCGACGCCACGUGCUGGAGGCGGAGGCAGUCGCAGUUUUACCGGCGCGCUUUAAAACACGUGGAGAGCGGUGGCGCAGCGGUUAGCGCAGUGCGCCUACGAACACGGAUACCCCGAGAAGUUUCGAUUCACUGCUAGUGCGCGUGUGUGUACAUACAAGAUGAGCACUGGGGAGACAAAGGCGGACGGGCGUAGUGCCUAGCCACACCGUGCCCGUGUCGGCUUUCACUUGGCCCCAAACAGCCUUUGUGGAGCGCUCCUAGGUGGACUCGGCCUCAAAUGAGUACCCGGUGCGAUUGUGUAAACAUCGCCACUAGGGAGACAAAGGCGGCCGGGCGUGGUGCUGGCCACCCAUCCCCACUCGUGUGCCAGUGCCGGCAUUCAUAGAUCGGGUUGCUACUCGCUUGCAGAACUUGCCCCAACAGUCUGUUAAGGCUACACGGGUAACCAUUGUCUUUGUGUGCGUUUAAACUGCGAUGUGAUGACGAGGAAGAACGAAGAAUGAACGACACGACAACCGGGAGCCAUUCUCAAGACGCAUCACCACGUGAAGAUUCCUUCGUGUGUGUGGACCAGGCAGUGGGUGGCGUGUGAAGGAAAUGAAGGAAGCAAUGAUGGAUUGAGACUGAGAAGAGAUUGUGCAAGACGUUGCUGGUCUUGGGAAAUCGGGAGACUCAACGCCGAGCAGACAACGCGGUCCUUUGUUCGAAGAGCCGGGAAUGAUGGCCACAUCGCCGCUCGAUAUGAAACAAUUUCUCCCGAUUAUUUUAAAUUAUUUGUUUUUUUACAUGUAUACACACACAAGAGAUUGUUGUUACGAAUGAUCUAAAAUGAUGUCGUUGAUCGCUGUGCGGUCUUGGAAUUUUUGGUUUGUAAUAAUUGUUUUUUUAUAAACACACGUGCUACUGUCACAUUGAGUGAGUGAGUGGGGUGAGUGAGUGGGUCACGUAGGUAAAAAAAAAAUAGAAAUAAUGAUAGAAAGAAAAGAGUAAAUCAAGUGCUUUAUUUUAUUUCUAUUAUAGAAAUAAAAUAAUAAAUCAAGUGAUUAAUUUUUUUACUUCUAUUUUUUUAUUUUAGUUUUUUUUGUUUUUUACCUACGUGACUUUACCGAAAAACCUAAGAGUAUGAAUCCUUGAUAGUCACGAAAGCUUCAAAUCUAGAAUGAGUGAGUGGGGUGGGUGAGUGAGUGAGUGGGGUUGAGUGAGCGAGGGUGAGUCACUCGUGAAGUGUCCGGGGCGAGCGAUUACGUGAACGCACGCCGACAGAGAUUCCAGGGUCAAUUGUAAAUCAACGUCGGCUUCAUAAAAAAAAAGUACCACCACCGCUUUGCCAUCAUCGGGUUAUCAAUCGCCGCAUGGCGUCAACACAUUUUGUGGAGCAGAGCCGUGCCUCGCCGAACCGAUAGGCCACCCUAAGCUUGAUCACACGAUAGUAUAACAAUUAUCAUCAUCAGCAGCGGCAGCUAUGAGCUUAUCCACCGCUAGAUGAUUAAGGCCACCACAGGAACUGAUUUACUGAACAUCUGUGGAAGGGGGGAGAAAGCGCUUUAUAGCUAAUCGGAUUCCUCCAGUUUAAAUAUUCUGAUUCGGAAUCAUUUCAUAAUUCCACAACCUGCACAGUGGAUGUUGUGGAUGUUGGACAAAGGUGACGUGCGCUCUGCGAUCUUAAUUCGGCAACGGAAUUGCUGUUUGCUAAUUGACCCCGCGGGUCUCAUCUGGCUGGUUACGGAUGUUGAAAUACGAGUGGGGUGGGAUCGCGUUGUGCUGUGAUGGGUGGGAUGGAUGGUGGCGACUGUUUUUGCCUGGCUAAGUUAUUUUUUUUCACCCUGGUGCUAUUGGCCGGGGUCCAUGUUGUGACCCUUGUCAAUUAAUUCGCGUAUUUUUUGUUAAUUAUUAUAACUACUACAGACCCCUUGUUGCUUGGGGGUGGUGUGGGAGUUGGAAACUUGAGAAAUAAACCAGCUUAAUGGUAAAUGAACGCCUCGCUUC